AUGGCCUGGCCAAUUGAUGAAGACGCACCUCCCGAUGAGGAAUCUCUUGCUGUGUUGCAGACUCUUGGUAUUGAGGGCACGCUCCAGGCGAGCUCUCGUGCCAUCGGUGAUGUGACGAGCAUCCAUUCACCUUGCCGCGCCGGCGUCUUGAUGAUUACAAACGUGUGUUUUCUUUUGCUUCGGAUGCUUUUCUUGAGAGAUCACAACAUGACUGACAUUUUUCUUUCUCAGAUCCCAUUCACGGUGACCCGCCAGGAGGUUAACUCGUUCCUUGGACGAGGAAAUCAACCCAUCGGAGACCGCGAUGGACCACACAUUCACGUCAUCAUGGAACGGUCCACUGGAAAGACCAUGGACUGUUUUGUGGAGUAUGUCUCUGACGCCGAUGCAGAGAAAGCUUGUGCUCGCCUGAAUCGUAACUACGAUCUCGGAAGUGCUCCACGCAUGGGUAAUCGCCACGUUGAUGUGGAGAUGAGCAGUCCAGAACAGCUCAUGAAGGCGCUGUUCCCGUUGACCAAGUGUGUGGAAUGGAAUGACGGUAGCCCUGUCGAGGAGGAAAACAACGAUCACUGGUCCACUGGCUUUGACGGCUUCCUUACGGAUGAAGAACUAUUUUGCCUGGUUCGUCAUGCCGAACAGCCUCACCGUAGUGCAUUUGCCAGCAAGAUUCCUCAGCGUUGCUAUGAAUCCUUUAUCAGUACUCUAUGGAAGUUUCCAUGGCAUGCGACCCACAUGUACACGGUGUACCAGCGCAACAAGCUCUUCCAUACUCUCGUGACCAUGAUCAGAAUUCUUGUCGAGCGCAUGCAGAGACAGAAUACUGUGGGCUUGGAUUAUCGCCUUCUCUGCGAGUUGACGGGUGCCGGCAUCGCCUGUCCUGCCUUCAACCCCCGCAUGAAGUUUUGCAUUGCGUUCACCUCUGAGGAUCAAGCGAUCAUCAAUACUCUGAGUAAAGACUGGUGCAUUUACUUCCCAUUUGACACUCUCAGCUAUGCUACGGGUUGCAGCGCCAUGGACCUACAGUUCUUUGCAUACCUCAUGUCGAAGGGUGUCUUCCCCACUCCUCGGAGCACCGAUCACAAGAACAUACCAACUCACGUCAAACGUCCUAUCUUUGGACCUAACUUCUUUGAGUGGUCCGACACUGCUAGCCCUAAGAUUCUCUACAAGGACUCUGUUGCUCAUGAGUCUCGCAUGUUCCGCCAUUUCAUCAUCACCGGAUGGCAGCGUCUCAAUCAAAGAGAGGCCAGCAUCUCCACGAUUGGCGGACCUCCCCAAUCCUCUUAUGCGGGUGAUAACGAGUCACUUGACAACGAGUCGGUUGAUAGUGACCGCACAAUCAUGACUAGGGUCCAUAAGACAAAGACUCCGGCUCCCCCACCCCCAGCUCCAGCCUACCGCAAGACGGGCCCUCCUUACCGUCGGGCGAGAGUCCCUCAUGCCCGUGAUAACUCUGAGAGUUUCUCCCGGAACUGGACAUUCCCCAACCGUCAGGCUGACGAGCCUAUGCCAGCUAACCCUGGUCUCAUCGAGCAGGAAACCCCCACUCGCCGUCCCAAGGGAGAUCGUGCCCGACCAUAUCGGCCUCCUCAGUUGCGUAAUUCACUUGCCGAGAGAGACCCUUUCGUUGAAGCCGGACCUAGUGAGGAUCGCAGCCAUCGCAAGACUUUCUCCCUUGAGUCGCUUGCCCCUCCGACUUAUUACAUGCCGCACGCAACUGCGCACAAUGUCCGCUCGUCGUCUUACUCUUACCCAGCGGGUCAGGGGUCAACUUUGACUUCCGACCCCCAGCACAACCGAGCUCAAUCUGAACUUUUCCAUGAAGCUCGCUCUGAGAUGUACCGUGAGAUCAACCAGAUCGAAAGCUCGGUUUUCGACAUCAUGCGUGAGAGCUAUGCCGAUGAACUCCAGCGCAAGGAGUCCAACAAGCGUGAAAAACACUGA